AUGUGGAGAGUCCUGGGAAGGAUCACAGCGGCUGCCAAUUGGUGGCUGCUCCUGCUGGGGCGGGUUCUUCUUCACAAACCACGAGGCACGAAGGAUUGCUCUAUCAGCCGGUGCUUCGACCCCAAUGAGGAGUUCCGCUUGCGGCGGGUCAUCGAGGCCAUCGGCACCUUCCGUUUCGAGACCAAGAUCCGCGCCCUGGGGCAGCUGAUCCUGGACCGGGAUUUGGGCAGCAGCGAUGGCCUGCUUACGCACACGGAGCGGGAGUUUUUCAGCGAGAGCGUGGAGGAGCCGAGGACUGCUCCACCCACGCCGCAAAAAGCAACGCCUGAGAAGAUCGAGAAGGAAGAUCCCCUGAUCGAAGUCCGGUUUUGA